AUGUCAUCUAGUGAUACUAAAAAUUACAACGAGGAAGAAAAAACUGUUAUUUUGUUAAAAAAAACAUGUUCUUAUUGCGACAAGUUGUAUCAGUCGAAUCAAAAAGCCGUGAACCAUAUUGCUACCACUCAUAAGAAAAAAGUGGAACGUAUUUUCUCUGGUAACCACAAUUUUGGUGUGUAUAAUCAAACGAAUGUUCAAAAGUAUAAACGACUUGGCUACACCAUUGUGGUUCAAUUUGGCUGUGUCUCUUGUAAAGAGGCCUUCGUUAUGAAAAAAGAACUUGAAAAGCAUUGUGAUUUGAAACAUGUUGUGACAUCUCAACCUGAAAUUGGAAUUAUCACUGCACCAGACGAUAUCACCAAGCUAGGCUGGAUUUUUUGUUGUCCAGACAAUGAUCAUCUUGUCUUUCAGAACAACGAUAUUACCAAGGGGUUUCACGACUUCCACAAUUAUGUGAAAACAAUCAUUGACGAACUGCGUCUCUUGACGUAUGAAUCCCAUGUCCAGCACAUCUUGGCAUUGUCUUCAAUCCUUUUGUUAAAGCCAGCCCGCACCAACAGUGAUCUUCACAAGUUUAUAGGACGUGAAAUAUGCGAAGACCUUAUUGAAUAUUUGCUGGGAGAAUAUGGUAUUCAGUCGUGCGAAUUUGACCAAUAUACUCAGCUUGCUGCUGAACAAAUCGUGAAGACUUGCAUCAAGAAGAAGACUACAGACUUUCAGGAUUCUCAAAAAUUGAUGGCUCUUAUGGUUGCCAGCAAUGAUGUCCAUAACAGAGUACUAUUUUGCUUUCGAAAUCUUCUUGAACAAUUACCUUUGGAACCAAUCAGUCAGAAAGUUGAUGAAUCGAAGUUGAUUACUAGAUAUGUCACUGCAGCUAUUAAUCCACUGUUGGAAAACCUCAUGAAGCACGUCAUGUUUCGUUGGACUUCUGUUGAUAAUGACGAGUGCAAAUCCAGUGAGAUGUCAUUGUUACUGGCCAGACCUGAUUCUAUGGUCAGCAUGAUAAUAGGCACAGAGAUCGGGCAGACUGUAGGUUUUGGAGAAGUAAAACCAGUACUCCAGGUGCUGAAUCACAAGCUGGUUGGAAAAGACUUGGUACGAUUAGCGCUUUUAGCAAAAAACGCAAUUGAUACAUAUUGUAGCAAAUUUGUUCUGUCGUUUCUUGUUGUUGGACAUCAUGCAACGUUCUAUUUGACUGAUGGUACAAGAAAUGGCCUAUACCCAAUAGUCGAAAUUGCCCAUAUUCCAUUGCCAAUGUCUUUAAAAGAACUUCCACUUUUUAUUGCACAAGCCGACCAAUUGACAUUAAUUUCCUCAGCCUUCUGGAGCUUGUGCGCUGACCAGAAAACGAAUCAGCAAUCAUCACUCAUGCCAACACUUUCCAACAAUGAAAUAGCAUCAAUUAUGGAUACCUAUGCCAACCGCAAAAGAAAAGCAAGCAAGAUCUACAACGAACAAGGCAAUGAUGCCAUGGAAUGGUCUGAAGAAGUUGAUCCUUUUCAUUUGAAAACCCUCACCACAUUAUGUGAAUACCAACAGGCACAGCCAUCCAAGCAAAAGCAAAUGAGAAGCAAACUUGACGAGAAUAUGAACAAAGUAUCUUUAAGAGUGAAUGAAGAAGAUAAUAAUGUAACGAAGAAAAGUUAUAAAGUAUAUUCUCCUGACCAGAAGGUGCUUUUUCUGUACUAUUUACAAGUGAAGUUGUUUAAAGCUGCGAAAGCUGCCAGAUUUUCUGAUGUAUCCAAACGUACUGGUCAGCAGUGGACUAAAAGAAUAAGAGAUGAACCUGAAUGGAAUAUAUUUGAAAAGCAAACAAAUAAGGAUAAGCGAAAGACAGGACAGCUGCAAGAAGAGCAUAAGGAGUUUAUUAUCGAUCUAUUUGAUAAAAACCCUCAAACACGUGUGGAGGAUGUUGUUGUGAGUCUGCAGUGUUCGUUUGCGAAUUUCAGCUUGAAAGAAACUAGUGUUCGUAACUUCAUGACAAAUGAAUGCAAUCUGUUAUUCAAAAGAGCAACAUUACAAACAAAAGAAAGAAACUCUGGAAAAACUCUUCAAAAACGAUUCGAGUGGGUAGAGCAAUGGACAACAACUGACAUGGAUUUUCUCUCCAACUGCGUUUUCGUGGAUAAAAGUGGCUUUGAUAUAAACAUGCGUCCACCUUCAGCCUGGUCUAAAGUUGGUACACCAGCAAUUGUCGAAACAAAGUCGACUAAAGGGGAUUCUCAUUCGAUAUUAGGUGCCAUAAGUUCAAUUGGGGUUGUUGAUAUUGAGCUUCGAGUAACAGAAAAGCCUAAGCAAUGUAAAGUUGAUGGUGUAGAACGAAAAAGAAAGCAGACAUCAAACCCGAAAAGAUGA